AGGAAUCUGCGUGAACAGGUUUGAAAUAACCUUAGAUUUGCCGGUUUUUGACCUGUCAUCCUAUUUAAAGAUCAGCUGAUGCACUUUUUGUUUACAACGAAUGAGACGCUUUGGUUGCAUCUACAGCUUACUCAAAGUCAAAUUGCUGCUUUAUCUCAGAUCUAGCAACGAAAAUGAUGAUUAACAAACGGAGAUUGGUGCAGUUGGUUCCCUAGUGUUCAAGACAUAAACAUUGUGAAAAACAGUUUUAGGUUAGAUUUGUGUUGUGCCCUGAGUCUCAGAACGUGAAAUGUUGUGCAGAAAGAAAGUUUACAGGGACGAGCUCUUUCAGCUCGCUCUCAUAAUUAGUUUGCUCAGAGUUAAUCGCAACGCGGUGUUUGACAAUGAUAUUCUGAAUGGUGUUAAUGAUGUUGAUAAUGGGACUACUUGGAGGAGCGCCUUAUCUCCUACAGUGCUCAGAAGUCACUACGUAAAUCCCAAAAGUUUGGACUCAGUAUUGCUUAAUUACGAGAGAGAUCUAUUCGCAGACUUAAAUUCACUAGGGCGUUACAAUCGGUGGAACUUUCGGUAUCCUGAUGUUCAUACCUACUUAUUGAACAUUGAUCGCAGUGCUGUUGGUGUUUCACUAAACAAUGACGAGGGUUUACCUUCUAGUGCUCAAAAUUCUACAGAUAGUGAUAUUUCUAAUGUUCUCACACCUCCGCCUGAACCCAAUGGUCCUGAGCUCAGCCAAGAGGAUAUGGAUCUUAUCGAAGUUCUCUGGAAACAGGAUGUGGAUCUGGGUUUUUCCUUGGAGUUAGCCAGACAAGAAGAGCAGCUAAAAGAAAAAACAGCAUUGGAAACCGAAGCAUUGAAAACAGAUUGCGACCCUUCCACUUCAUUACUGUCUGAUGAAGAUGAUGAAGGGCUCAAGGCGGACAAAGAUGAAAAGAUCAAGGAGGAGGAGCCAGAAAGCGAACCUCCAGAAGAAGAUAUUUGGGCUGGCGUUGAUUACACCAUCGACACAGAAACAGGAGAGUAUGUAAUAAAAGGAGAACCCGGGGCUGAGGCUAAUUCUUCAUGCGCCUUAGAAGAUCUUGCCCUACCCCUUCCAGAAUUUCUUCUGGAUGAAGCUUUACGUUUAGUCGCACUAGAAGAUGAAAACUCGCAACAGAAAAACGCCUCUGGGCUUUUAACAGGUCUUGAGGCACUCGAAAAUAGCACCAAGAAGGCCGAUACUUCUGAAUCAACCAAUUCAAGCAGCGACAUUGGAGUCGAUUUUGAUAUAUUUGCAGAUAUGAUUCAGACACCCCAAUUUCACCAUCCUCAUCACCGGGCUGCGUUCCAGAGUCGCAUGCCCUAUGUGCGCACCGUUAGCAUGGAGCAGCGCUGGCAAGACCUGGCAAAUCUGCUAAGUCUCCCCAACCCUGGCGAGAUCCACCCCUUUGGGGCUCACCACGCCCUCCCCAAUUACGGCCACCCUCAUGCGCACGCACACCCUGCCACUACCUACGAUGCCAGGGGUGUACUUUUGCAUAAUGCCACUCUCCCUACACCUAUGGGGGACCUGAAUAGUACCAUGCCCUAUGGAAAUUUAGGAGGAACCAUUAGCAAUGCUGUGGCCACCUCCAUGAACUUAACUAACAGCAGUGAACCAAUGGGAGAACCGAGCUCAGCCCCACAUUACAAGCUGGAACCAUCUAAUGAUAUGAUGUACUACCAGAAUAAUACUGGCUCUGAAUUCUCCAACAAUCAAACUGAUGGGUUCUUGUCCAAUUUGCUGAACGACGAAGACUUGCAGUUGAUGGACAUGGCCAUGAACGAAGGGAUGUACACAAUGCGAAUGCUGGAAAGCAACAAUACUGUGAGCAACAUGAGCAUGAAUAAUACCGCAGUAACAACUAGUGUAUCGAGACAUGAUAUGGAGCGUUUGGAUACGUCCAGUGAUAGCGCUGUCAGCUCUAUGGGGUCCGAACGAGUUCCAUCGCUUUCCGAUGGAGAAUGGUGUGACGCUGGAUCCGAUUCCGGUCACACCACCAAUGGGGAGCCCUAUUCCCAGGAUUAUCAAAACAAAUACCGCCCGUUCGACUACAGUUACUCCAACCGUUUGUCAGAGAAUGCGCGAAUGAACCCAGUUCCCCAGAAGAAGCACCUCAUGUAUGGAAAAAGAUUUCACACAUCGGGUUUCUCAGAAUACCGAGACCCUACCAACUCCUUCCAGCAAGAGAAUUCGACUUCCAGGGCCAAAGUGCCCGAAAUCAAAUACUCUUGCUCUGCUGAGUUCACCCACCUGCCUCGAACUGUGGACCACAUUCAGCACAAUCAUACCUACCAUUUGCCAGCUGAGAAUUCUGGUCCGAUGCAACGGCCUGUUUCGCGAGAUAAGGGAAAGUCUCGCAGGUCUGAAGAGGAGCAUUUGAGCAGGGAUGAAAAACGAGCUAGAGCAUUGAAUAUUCCCAUCACCGUGGAUGAUAUCAUUAAUCUGCCUAUGGACGAGUUUAACGAGCGCCUAUCCAAGUAUGACCUCAGCGAGGCUCAGCUUAGCCUCAUCAGGGACAUUCGGAGGCGAGGCAAAAAUAAAGUGGCUGCCCAAAAUUGCCGAAAGAGGAAACUCGACCAGAUUCUGAGCUUAGCCGACGAAGUGAAAGAAAUGAGGGACAGAAAAAUGUCCAUAAUGAAUGAACACAAAUAUUCUUUGGUGGAGUUGAAGCGAAUGCAGGACAAAUACCAACAACUGUAUAGACACGUAUUUCAGAAUUUACGUGACGCAGAUGGUAAUCAGUACUCGCCGUAUCAAUACAGCCUUCAGACAGCAGCCGAUGGAUCAAUUUUAAUGGUACCACGAUCAAGCAACGGGAUGAACGGCACAACAGAACGCAAAGACCCUCCACAGAAUCAAAAAGACUAAAACGUUAAUUUACUCUUGCUUUAACGUUUUCAAAAAUUCCUUAACCGUAUUUUCUGUUCAACUUGAAAUGAUUUCGUUCUUUCUUUGUUACGAGGUUCUCUCAAGCUUGCACAAGCGAGCCAGAUGCCGUCAGGUGUCGGCUUGAGAGAACCUUGCCAUUGUUUAAGCAUUUAUUUUUCGUGUAAUAUUUUUUAUGUUAAAAGAUGCAGAAUGAUAUAUUUUUAUAAAAACUUUCAGGUGAUGAAAAUGCCUUUUCAUAAAAAUUGUAAAUAUUAAAUAAGAUAAGUGAAUGAAGCAAUGUGGCUGACUGAAACAAAUGGCAUGGCUUCUGGGUGCAAUAAUGCAUUCUAGAUGCUUACUAUUUUUACACAAAAUUUCGUUAUCAACAGGCGUAUGUUUAUAGUAACUACAAUGAAAAGUUGUAAUGUAUUAAUCUGACAUUAGCCCUUAAACGCGCCUAAACCAUUAAGGUGUCAGGUUAAUAAUUGUAAAUUCUUUUUGGAUUUCGGGCUAUAAUACUUGUAAAUUAUUUUUGAUUUUCGUGCUAGAACUGCUUUGGUUCUAUUGAUUUUAUAAAUAAAACUUCUUAGUUUUUAGACUAUGGUGAGGCUCGUUUAAUCCAAGUUAGUUUUACUUUAGUUCAGCGUAGAUGUGUAUUAGUGGGAUCGAUUUAUUUAAUCAUCAUUAAGGAUGAUACUUAUGUGAUGUCUAAUCCCAUUUGGGUCAACCAGUUUAUUUUGUUCUGGAGAAAUUAGCAGUACUUUAAAGAGAAUGUAGAAAAAGUAGUUUAAUUUUUUAUAAGAAUCUAGUUUUUGUACAUUGUAUAGUAGUGGGAAUCAAGUUAAACCACUCUGCUCCUUAUUAAUUUUAAACUACUCUUGACCAUCUCAGAAGAGUAAUCACUGAAUUGUACAAGGUUUAACUAAGUAAAAUUAAGUUGUGAAUGUCUAUAGAAUAGUUAUUGGGAUUGUUAGCUUAAUAGGCAAUGGUUUUUUUAGGCAACUUGUAUUAUUGCUUAAUAUUUCGACAUAUAAUGCUUUUAGUGUCAUAACUUUAUUGAAUAUCAUAACGUAGUCGACAUACAUAAUCUUCUGCUGAUUCUAAUUUGGCUAAAACUAGAUAACCAGUACAAAUAUUUGGCACAUUUUAUCAUCACUUUUUUCUAUUUUUUAUUUGUUUUCAACAUUGUAGUUUGUGCCAAUAGUACAACGAUCUCUUAAAUCUAUUGUAUAAAAACAGAUCUGGUAAACAUUUUCUCUGCCGUCAAAGUAAUAGAAUGAGAACACGUUGCACAUCUUUAUCGGUUUCCCUUGUACACGUAAUGGAAAAAGUGCUUGCUUUGUCAGAAAAAAUAUCGUUUACCACACCUGCAUAUACCUGUUUUAUGUAAACAGCGUUAAAAAAAUUGUUUAGGUUCCAGCAAAAUUGCUGAAGAUUACUUCGGGUAGGUUUAUUUUCAACUUAUAAUAUUUUGUAAAUAAAAUCAUAAAUUAAAAAAGCU